GCGUCAAAGAUCGCACCACCUUCUCAUUCGACCGUGGUCUGCUAACCAAUCAAAACUUUCAGGCAGAGGAAACAAGUGCUCAGUAUUGGUUGACCGUGCUCCGAUUGGGCUCUUGGUCAUGUCAUCAAAUGGCAAGUCUCUUGUCUCUGCGCAAGUGUCAUAGGCAAGUGUUCAAAGUAAACAAACGUUAUCAACACCGCCAAUCGCCCACAUCACAUGCGGAUAUGGCAGCCCGAUCUAAGGAAAGUAUUCUUGAUGAUCCAUUGUAUUACUUAGAUUUCGUUCAAAAAUUCGUGCAGAUCAAGACUUUAAGCGACAAAGUAUAUCAAGGAACCGUUGUCACUGUGGAUCCUAAAUCAGACAAUGUUGUCCUCGUCAGUCACUCAGAUGGAAAACCCUGCAUUGAUAUCAUAAUGGGGCAUUCAGUACAGUCGAUUCAGAUCUGCAGUCAGGCAUCUGGAUCUUCUCUCCAAUGGAGCCUUGGCGAGAACCUACUCAAGUGUUUAGAAGACUCAGAUGAAUCAGCAGUAAGCGUUGAAGAAUUAUCGGCCCGAAAACAGCGGUUGAAAGUUUGGCUAUCGAAGAACUUGAUCACUGUAACAGAGGAGGGUAAUUUGUUAAAAUUAGACGAUGUUCUUGUCAUUCAUCCUCCAUACGGGGUGAAGCAAUGUACUAGUAGUAAUCAAAUUAUUUUAGGUAAAGUCCAAACCUUGGUUCAAAAAUUAUAUUCUCAGUCUCCAUCUUAGAAACUUUUAUUAUGAAUUGCAACGUCUCAUGAUUUGCGUUUUGGUAAAGUUGCAAUUACAAGGGUUGUCCCCCCCUCCCCUCCCCAUCCUCAAGGGGUUGAAACCCUUAACAUACUGACUGCCACGGUAUUUCUGUCUUUUUUUUCUUUGCUGGUGCUUGUGUGUUAUUCAGAAUUUUUUCAGUCAAAAACAUGCAACAGAAUAACUUCUGUAGUGCACUCAACAAAGGACACUAAGCUGAGCACAUAAACAUUCCAACACGCAUUGAUCUGAUGUCCAGCGGCCGCAUGAGCCACCAUUCUUUCCAAAAGAUUGACUGUCUGGCCCUUGUGCUGCUAGUGGCACCAAGAGGAAAUUUCUUGUUGGACAUGAGCUCAGCAUGGCAGUAUGGCAUCAUGUUGGAAAAAAGGAAUUUUUAUUUUUAAUUUUUUACAUAUUCAUGAACAACAAAGUUACUUUUGAAAGUAGGUAUAAUAUCUUCAAAAUAUCCAUGAUAAAUAUUAUUUUUUGCCCUUAUCCUCUUUCUCCAAAUUCAACAAAUAUUCAGCAAUUCGCUCUCACGCAUAUUCAACAAUAAAAAUAUUCACUUAUACAGCGCAAAUUUGCCCCUCUCGCCUUUCAUACAGAAGCCUCGUUGGCUCGGUAGGUAGUGCAUUCAAUUCCUGAUAGGCAGCACGUUCAAUUUCCGAAAGGUAGAUAAUAAUUUGAAAGUUGAUCUCUAGAAAAAUUAAUUGACGACAGAUCCAGAUAUGUUUAAAGUCUAUUUUUUUCUUUACAAUUUAUCAUUCCAAUCAAUUUUAGGAAGCAGGGAUUUUUUUGCACAUAACUUUUUACGUAAAGAAACUCGAUCUUUUUACGUAAAAAACCUCGUACUCUUCAUGAAUUUUUCCUGUAAAAAAGACAACAUCAGCAUUUCACUUUUGGUCUGUUUUAUGCCUUUUUUUUUACAAUUUUUUUUUUGUAAAUUUUACAUCUUUAUGCUGCUAGGGUAUCUUUCCCCCGAGGCUACAGGAAUUUGUGAUAGCCAUUAAAAAGUUUUCUGAUAUCAAAGAUGUUAACUAGAAUAAUCCAUUAAUCAAAUUAGUACUUAUGCUUAUAAUGAGGGUACAUCCUAGGUGUAAAAAAUGGAUAAAAAUUACCAGAGCAAUGCAAUGGUCUCUUGUUCAAUAAAUGAUGAGGGAUAUAAAUGAUUCUGAAACCUGCAGGUCUAAAUCAAACGAGGGUAAAAUUAACAGAUGCAAGUAAAAUAACUAAAAAUAAAUAUUAUUCAUAGAAUUGAAAACAUUCAUACAUAUACAAAAAUAGAUAACCAAGAUAAUACAUAGUAAUCUGAAAGGAUGGGUGUAGGUCAAGAGUAAAAGUACACUAGACACAAAAAGUUAGGUGAUAUUUUGAUCGCACGUAUAUAUUACAAAAAAUACUUCUCAGAGUUAUUUGCACAAACAAUUCUAAUUCAUCAUAAAUAUUACUGCUAUUAAAUGAAAUGAGAUGAUAAUCUGAUUUUAGGUAUAAAAUUGUAAUGCAACGAGAGGCUGAGUCGCUACGUUUUUAUUCUACUUUACAUUCAUCAUACAUUCCCCAUCCAAUUGCUUCUUAAGUGCUUAAGUUAUAACUAAAAUAAGUAGAGUAAACAGCACCAAUACGUUUUGAAUUUUUAAGUUUUACAGUCAUCUCACUACUCUGCACAUCAGUUUAGAUCCAAAAGGGGAAAACAGAUUUAGUGGCUACGUCAUUCAAUUUUCCCACCCAAUGCAAUUAGACUGUUUCAAUGUAGUUUAUUUGCCAUAAUUUUCAAGAGCAGCACUGUGAACAGCAAUACAUUCAGUGAUGUAACCACUAAGUCAGUCUAUUUAUUGAUCAAAGAAAAGAAAAGAG